CCCUUGCUGGAUCCUAUAUAAGGAGGAGGGAUGGGCUUGGAGUGCUCUGGGCUUGACUGUCCCUCCGGUGGACUUAGGGACAAGGGCACCAAGAUGCUCAGGAAAGGCUACUGCAAGCCUGGGUCCUGGGGCAGCUUCUGGGCCACCCUGGCCUUGGUGGGACUGGUCACUCGUGCAGCUCAGAGAGCCGACGUGGGUGGGGAGGCAGCGGGCGCCUCCAUCAACCACUCCCAGAUGCUGCUCCAGCGACUGCAGGACUUGCUUCGGCAGGGCAACGCCAGUGACGUGGUCGUGCGGGUCCAGGCUGUGGGCACUGACGAGGUCCGAGCCUUCCACACCCACCGCUUGCUGCUGGGGCUGCACAGUGAGCUGUUCCGAGAGCUGCUGAGCAACCAGAGCGAGGUGGUGCUGCAGGAACCCCGGGACUGUGCUGCUGUCUUCGACAAGUUCAUCAGGUAUUUGUACUGUGGUGAGCUGACCGUCCUGCUGGCCCAGGCUAUCCCGCUGCAUAGGCUGGCCACCAAGUACCGAGUGGCGUCCCUGCAGCGAGGCGUGGCAGACUACAUGCGCGCGCACCUGGCAGGAGGCGCGGGUCCAGCCGUGGGUUGGUACCACUACGCCGUGAGCACCGGGGACGAGGCCCUGCGAGAGAGCUGCCUGCAGUUCCUGGCUUGGAACCUGUCUGCCGUGGCGGGGAGCGCGGAGUGGGGCACUGUGAGCCCUGAGUUGCUGGCGCAGCUCCUGCAGCGCUCGGACCUGGUGCUGCAGGACGAGCUGGAGCUGUUCCAGGCGCUGGAGGCGUGGCUGGGCCGCGCGCGGCCGCCGCCCACCGUGGCCGAGCGCGCGCUGCGCUCUAUCCGCUACCCCAUGAUCCCGCCGGCGCAGCUCUUCCAGCUGCAGGCCCGCUCAGCCGCGCUGGCGCGCCACGGCCCGGCGGUGGCCGACCUCCUGCUGCAGGCCUACCAGUUUCACGCCGCCUCGCCGCUGCACUACGCCAAGUUCUUCCACGUGAACGGCAGCGCCUUCCUGCCGCGCAACUACCUCGCGCCCGCUUGGGGCGCCCCGUGGGUCAUCAACAACCCGGCUCGGGACGACCGCAGCACCAGCUUCCAGACGCAGCUGGGUCCCAGCGGCCACGACGCGGGGCGCCGGAUCACCUGGAACGUACUCUUCUCCCCGCGCUGGCUGCCCGUCAGCCUGCGGCCCGUCUACGCGGACGCCGCGGGCACCGCGCUGCCCGCCGCGCGCCCGGAGGACGGGAGGCCGCGGCUGGUGGUCACGCCGGCUAGCAGCGGUGGCGACGCGGCGGGCGUGAGCUUCCAGAAGACCGUGCUGGUGGGUGCGCGCCAUCAGGGCCGCCUCCUGGUCCGCCACGCCUACAGCUUCCACCAGAGCAGCGAGGAGGCUGGCGACUUCCUGGCCCAUGCAGACCUCCAGCGGCGCAACUCGGAAUACCUGGUGGAGAACGCUCUGCACCUCCAUCUCAUUGUCAAGCCGGUGUACCACACCCUCAUCCGGACUCCCAGUUAGCUUCUGGGUUGAGAAAUAAGGCCUGGCCUGGACAGCGCACCAGGCUCUGGGGGAGGGGUAGGCAAGCGUGGAAGGGACUGUCAGCCUGGGCCCUGGGUGACCAGGUGCAGCUGGUUGGGGCUAGGGUGGAAGGCAGGUGAAUGUGCCUUUCUAGCUGACUUGAAGGCAGCACUCUUGGGCCAGAAUAAACCGAUGUUCAGAGAGGCCAGAGCCUCAAGCAACUCCUGCGUUUCAAAAGUCUGAGUUCACAUGCUCUCCACUGAGGGCCCCUCCCCGUGCCAGUGUCUCUGUCCUCCAGACCUGCCCCUGUAGUUUGUGAGGGUUUCUGCCACUGCCAUCAAGUCCCUGGCCUCUUGUUGAGGCUAAUGGAGAGAACCUUGAGAGAUGGCUACUAACUAGACCUUGUUUUAGCCCCAUCCUUCUGGGGAAGGAGAGUCUUGGCGUCUCGAGGGAAAACAAAAACAAAAACAAACAAAACCACGUUCCCCAGAUUUUUAUAAGUCUGUGCCAAGUGAGACGGAUCCCUUAGUCCCAGAC